AUGCCCCCACGUGCACGUCAACCACGAGCUCUCAAAAGGAGCGCGAAGGCAGGAGAACAGGAAAGCGUGAAGCAGUCAUCGGCAUCUACAAUGCCCGCACAGGGCCAAGGCAAGCGUAGCUCACAGACUACCAAGAAGUCCAAAGUGACGCGGCCGGUACAAGAAGCUACAAGCACGGAUAACGUCGACGACACAGACCCCGAUGCAGACGGUGGAGUUCCUUUGCCAGCUUCCUCGCCUGUAGCUCCUGCACCAAAGACACAGCGAACGCUAAGCAACCACGAAGUACCCGCGUCGUCGGGGUCCAAAUCUAUCCCCUGCAUCCGGAGCGCCGGGCCAGGCGGUGUGCCGCCGCCCUUGGUCUUCACGCACGGCGCCGGAGGAGGGUUGACAGCUCCAGCGCUUGUCCACUUCGCGCAGGGGUUCGCAGAUACGGGCUCGAACAUUGUCUGUUUCAAGGGCAACAUGAACCUCAAGUCACGGACGAAGAUGUUCAGCAUGGUGCUGGCGUACGAGAAGCAGAACAGCAAGAGCGUCAGCGGUUGGAAAGUCGUAUUCGGCGGACGCAGUAUGGGUUCUCGAGCCGCUGUUCUUGCCGCCCAGGAGGACGAGGAUGUUCAGAUGCUCAUCCUGGUGUCGUAUCCGCUGACGGGCCCGAAUGGAGAUGUGAGGGACAAGAUUCUGUCGGACAUCAAACCUGGCGUGGACGUUUUAUUCAUCUCAGGCGACAGAGAUAGCAUGUGCGAUGUCGAGAAAUUGAAAGAGGUCCGAGGCAAGAUGAAGGCGAAGAACUGGAUGGUCGUGGUGCGUGGGGCGGAUCACGGUAUGAAUGUCAAGGGAGGCAAGAAGGGGACGGAGGCGGUAGGGCAGGAGACUGGCAAGAUUGCUGCCGCGUGGAUUGCAGAGAGGGACGCGACAGCCACGGAGAUGAGCGUGAGUUGGGACGAUGGCACGGAGAGCAUCAUUGGGAGUGGGAUUUGGAUGAGUGGUGGAUUGGAAUCAGGCCAGAGUGAAGAGCUACUCGAGACAAAGGGACACGGCGAGAAGGAUGUGGUCAAGAGGCGGCGCAACGACGAGAAUAAGGACAUGAACGAGCCCAAGAAGAGACAGCGGAAUCAGUCGAAAAAGUCGACUGCCUCAUGA